AUGUCUGAAACCCCCAAGUCCGUGCCCGACUCUCCCAAGCCCAAGUCCGACCCCGACCGCAUCGAACGUCUCGCUGAGACUCUCCGCGUGCUUCACGAAACCAGUGAGCGUCUUGUCCAGAACAAGAACCGCCUCCAAGUGGACAAGCAACGCCUCCACCAGUUGAACCUGAUGAUGGAGUCGGGUGAUGCUCACGAAUGGUACCUCCAGGAAAUGGGGACGAUUGUUCGGGAAAUGGAACAAAACCGUCGUGCCUACACCGCCCUCUGCGAACAGCUCAAGCACCUCGACACCCUCGAAAAUUUCAACAAGAAGUGA